UCGACACAACCAUCCGAGCUACCGAGUCCUCUCAUGGUCAUGGCAGUGCGCUUGGCCAAUUAUCCGCAUUCGACGUUCAGUUUCCAGUUGCCUAGUCAUAGUCGUCGUCGCGGCCUUUCGCGGAAGCGAUUAGGGCGUCUUUCAGCUUCAAUGAAUUCCGGCGAUGAUCUCAGUUCGAAGUUAAUGGAAUUUCCUUACGUGUCUGGUCCUCACAGAAGAUUGAUGGUGGAUUUGCUAUCCACUGUGGACAGUCGCCUUGGAUCCUCACUGCAGUCGUGUACUCUUCCAUCCGACGUACAGCACUUUGGGAAUGACAGCGGGACAGCUCGUGCUACUCUGAACCUUCGAUCUGGAAUACCUUCGUCUCAGAUUGAUCUCAUUGUAGGAAGCUGGAUCCACUGUGAGCUUCCAUCCGGUGGAGCGUUGAACAUAACGAGCCUUUCAGCCUAUUUACGAGCUUCAACUGAUGCCCCACACUUCCUUCUGGACCUCAUCCAAAGUAGCUCAACAUCACUUGUGCUGGUUCUCGAUUUGACUCCUCGAAAGGAUCUCAUCAUGUAUCCCGAAUACCUCAAAACUUACUACGAAGAUCCCCAAUUGGACAGGCAUAGACAGCGCCUCCAUGAUCUGCCUCAGGUAAGUCCUUACAUAUCACCCUCUCUUUACAUACGGGCGAUUCUUUCUCCAACUGCAAUUAUAGCAUCGAUAGAUGUUGGAGCGAGUGAAGGAACUACUGAAAUUGGUGAUAUUAUUCGAGAUCAUAUCGAUCCCAUUAGCAAGGAGUUUCUGAAUUUUUGGAUAGAGUCGUGUGCCUGCACGGAUAGGAAUUUGGGAGAGGUUGAGCAGACCUAUUUAGCUGAGAGGGAUCGAGUGAUUAAGAAUAAGACCAUUGAGGUUGAUCUCGGCUCAAGUUUCCCGAGGUUGUUCGGGAAAGAUGUUGCUGAAAGAACUCUAGGUGUGUUGAAGGAAUAUUAUAACAAAUGAUCUGUAAUUCGGACAUGUUUGUUGCUAUCUAUCAUCUUAGGUUGUUCAUGUA